AUGGCCACACUCACCUCACAAGCUGCUCCCACCAGCAGCGCUGAGAAAAGCCAUGCAUUUACCUGCAACAGUUGCCUUGUCGCAUACAGAACGAGCGAACUACAGCGAGCGCACAUGCAGACAGAUUUCCAUCGGUACAACCUCAAAAGACGGGUCGCGUCACUCCCACCUCUGACUCUGGAGGUUUUCACCGAAAAGGUUCUCGCAAAUCGCGCUGAUGCUGCUGCCACUGCCGCAAAAGCAUCAUUCGAAAAGGUCUGCUUAGCAUGUCAGAAAACAUACUACAGUCAAAACGCAUACACAAAUCACCUGAACAGCUCCAAACAUAAAAAUAACGUGGUGGCGAAAGGCAGACCAUCGGCACGGCACGUCGCGGAUGCCUCUGAAACAGCAUCAAUGAUGAGCUCUACCUUCUCCCUUGGUGAGCCCACACCUUCAGCAGCAUCAACGCCCGUCGCCGAGCUCAAUGACGUAGUCGACCGUCUUGAAGGUGCGUCGUUGGAAGGACAGGAUCUAUCUCUCAAGCGACCUUCUGGACCAGAUAGUUCUGCUACAGGCCAAGAUCCUUUUACGCGGCCUCUUUCGAAGACCAGCACCACGUCGUCAGUAUCGACACCAAGCAGCACACCUAUUGAUGGUGCAAAGCCCCCUUUGAAGAACUGUCUUUUCUGCAAUUAUACAUCGCCUACAUUCCCACUCAACGUCGAGCACAUGAGCAAGCAUCACGGCAUGUUCAUUCCGGAGCAGGAAUACCUAAUCGACACUGAAGGUCUGGUUGAAUUCCUCUACAACAAAAUUCAUGGCGAACACAACUGUCUGUAUUGCCCAAAGAUCCUACACACAGCCAACGGCAUUCAAACACACAUGCGUGAUCUGGGCCAUUGCAUGAUCAAUUUCGAAGACGAGGAGGAAGCAUUUGAACUGGGUGAGUUCUAUGACUUCACAAGUACGUGGAGCGACGCAGACUCGGACUCUGAAUCUUCAACGUCUACUGUUGGCGGCGGCGUCAAAGUCCCUAAUAAGCGCAAGGGCGCUGAGGAAGGAGACGGUGUUUCCUCCGAUGAUGGAGAAGACGAAGGCUGGGAAACUGACAGCUCACUAUCCGAUGUUCCUAGCGAUGAGAUCACUUCCGUGCCAAUCUCCGACCGCUCUCACAGAUAUGCCGAACUCAAUAAGAGCCGCCACCACUCUCAUUCGGAUCCUCGUCCUCACCGUUCAGCUGAUGGAUUCCACAGUCAUGCCCAUGCUACCCCACACGCCGUAUAUCACGAUGAAUAUGAACUCCAUCUACCAAGCGGUCGUACCGCUGGCCACCGCAGCCUGAACAAAUACUACAAACAAAACCUUCGUACAUACCCGACCCCGGCAGAACGCAUGGCCCAGCGUGUCAUUGAAGACCGGGAUGCGGACUCAGAUAUUGACAUGGAUGGUGGUGAGCAAGCUCAAAAUCGGGAGCGUGGCCGUGGCAGGGAUCAAAACCGUCAGCUUGUCUCGAGAGCCAAUGGUGGACUUGGUAUGGUCGGUGUCAGUGAUACUGUGAAGAGGGAAGUUCGAGCUCAAGAGAAACGCGAUCGGAAGAGAGGGGAGCGUAUGGAGAACAAGUUUCGAGCGAGAAGAGAGAAGAACGCCAACAGCCAAAAGCAUUUCAGGGAUCCACUCCUGCAGUAG